GUGGAUGACAGUUUAUUUCUCGUGUACGUCAAAGCUGAUUUGAUCACUCCGCUAAUUCCGCUAAAGGGGCCUAGAUCUAUCAUCGGGAAGUGAGAAAUUCGCGACUUGUAAGCCGACCCUCCUUGAGAUAGUAGCUCAUAAGCAGUCAGCCUGAAUUGGCGUAAAGUCCUCGGAAUGGAUGGAUAUAACGCUGAGAUAGCACUGGAAUAAAGGUGGAGAAAUCCAGAGAAGUUACAGCUAUAAAGAGGAUGGUAACUCUCGAAUAAGAACUGCUUUCGCUUUGUCACACCUCCUUGUACUUCACAAAGCAUUGAUACCAUUCAAGGCUACCACCAGAUUCAAGCAACACUUCAUCAAAUUAGCACAAUGGCAACAACGUCGCGUUCAGAAUUUUACCGCUCUCAGUUUAACCCCGAGCCAUCUCAAGGCAUGGCCGCCUACGCCGCGCCCUCUCUCUUCCAACCUCAUUUCGCUCGCCAAGCCAUUCGUGAUGCUCACAAGAAGAAGAUUCCUCCGUUGUUGGGCUACUACUGCGGCCUUGGCUCUACAAAAAUCACACGCUGGGUAGCACCUCUAAACUUUGAUGUCGUUUGGGUCGACUGGGAACAUAGCGCUAUGAACGUCGAGACAAUGACCACGAUAGUCCAUGAGGCAAUCUUCAUGAGCCACGGAAAGACGAUUCCAUUUGUCAGGGUGCCAGGGCAUGAUCAUGCAGCUAUUGGAUAUGCGCUAGAUGCGGGCGCCAGUCUCGUUAUUCCUCAGGUUGAGACUGUUGAGCAGGCCAAACACGUCGUAUCAGCAGCCAAAUUCGGAUCAAAGCAAAAUGGUACCCGAUCUGCGCCUCCCUUCCGACUGUUCCCCGGCGUUACAGAUCGACCAUUCCAGGAAGGCAGAGACAUCUUUGAGGCUCUCAACCACCAGGCAGCCAUCAUGAUUCAGAUUGAAUCCCUAGCAGGCAUUAACAACCUCGACGCCAUCCUCACAGAGGUGCCUGAUAUUGACAUGGUAUGGCUCGGAACCCUCGACUGUCGCGUAGAGAUGAAUAUGCCAAGCAAUAUGGGCAUGGGCGGUAACGAGCCGGAAUGGCUAGAGGCACGACAGAAGUUCUUUGAUGUUUUGGACAAGCACGACAAGCCCUAUGGCGGCUUCGCCUUCCCUACGCCUCCCUUUGGCGGCGAAGAGGUGUUUAAGAAGGCUGCGGAGCGCAUGUCGUUCAUCAUGGCGGCAGCAGAUACAAUGGCAUUGGCAGGAAUGGGCGAGGCCUUGAAGCUGUCGAGAGAGUUUGUGGCGCUGAAGAAGGAAGAGAAGGUGCCCACGCACAACGCUGUGAAAGGCGAGACAGAAAGCCUAAAGCAACCCCCGUUGAAGGUGUAG